AUGGAAACAGUUGGUGCUUUGCGGAUUUUUGAAAGGUCAUACAUAUCACGGGGUCUACAAUAUAAGGACAUGCUUGGUGAUGGGGACUCAGCAACAUAUAAUAAAAUUGUUCAGAGGAAGCCUUAUGGAGAUGAAUGUAUACCCAAGAAAUUGGAGUGCAUUGGUCAUGUCCAAAAACGGGUUGGCAGCAGGUUGCGCAAGUUAAAAAGUGCAAAUAAAGGUUUGAAAUUGGCUGAUGGGAAAGGACUAGGAGGCAAAGGAAGAUUGACUGAUGGAAAGAUUGAUGUUUUGCAAAACUAUUAUGGACUUGCUGUGGGGGAGAAUUUGGAUGAUGUAGACCAAAUGGCCAAAUCGAUUAAAGCAAGUUUAUACCAUGUUGCUUCGACAGAUUUAAACCCUCAACAUCAUCUUUGUCCGAAUGGCAAAGACAGUUGGUGCGGAUACAAGAGGGACGAAGAAUCGUACAAACACAAGAAUGGUAUACCUGAGUGCAUUGUCAAGAAAAUUAAACCAAUCUUUGAUGAAUUAAGCCAACCUCAAUUGCUCCAAAAAUGCACUCAUGGAAUGACACAAAAUGUCAAUGAGUGUCUAAAUGGCCUAAUUUGGGAUCGCUGUCCCAAAACCACAUAUGUGGAACAUGAAACUGUAGCUCUGUCUACAUAUUUGGCUGUCGUGAAAUUUAAUGAUGGGGACAUUUCCUUUCUAAAGAUUUUUGAAGACUUAGAUAUCAAGCCUGGUUCAUUUACUGCACAAGGUUGUCAAGAUUGUGACCAAUCACGAAUUGAGCUGUCGGCCAAAAAGAGCAAGGAAACAGUAAAAAGUAGAAGAAAAACAUUGAGGCACCUCAGGAAAAACUUUGUUGAUGAGAUAGAAGAGAAAGAAGGUGUGGUUUAUGAAGCUGGGAGCUUUUAACACUUUUUAAGGUACAUUGACAUUAAAGCAAACUUUUCAAUUAAAUUUUCUCAUUUUUGCUAUUUCUCAGGUAUCAUCAAUCUUUGUGACAUUAUAAUUUUGUAAAUAUUAGCUGUAUUAGAUUGAUAUUUGGUGUGGUUACUUUCAAUAACAUUAUCUAGUGAAUAAAGCUCUUCAGAUAUUGAUAUUUUUUAUCAUUGAUGAAUUAUUUGCAAAUUGCUUCCACAAAGGCACUAAUUUAUUCAUAAAAUUAUUCAAAUAUUUAAAAUUUGGCUCAAUUUUUUUUUUAAAGUAUUUUAAACAAAAUUGAAGAGCUUUAGGCACUAGUUCAUUCUCCAAGCUUUCUGAAAAUAUAUUGUUCAUUAAAUUUGGUUCAUUGGUUCCUGAGUUAUGAUGUGUCCGAUGCUUUGCAAUUAUGCGUUAAUUAGUGGCCGCCAUAUUGGAUAAUUAGUGUAAUUAAUGUUUUUCCCAAAUUUUUUUUCCAUGGGUCAAUUCCCUUUCCCUUACCCUUUCAAAAUAUGAUAUUUUCACAUUGAUCUCUUUAAAAACUAAGAAAAAAGUUGUAGUGGGGUUGCCCAAAAAAGCAAAGGAGUAUUUUUUAUAAUUUUUGAUCAUUUUCUAAUUCAUAUCCCAAUAGAUGAAAAUUGGUUAUAAUAUAGAUAUGUACUAAUUUAGUAAAUACUUUUUUUUUUUGGUUUUUAUAUAAAUAUAUGGAGAUAUUGCCCCUUUAGGUGAUGAGUGACAUGAAAAAAAUAGUGUCACUGGUUUACAAAUAAAAAUUCUCAUUGAAAAAACUAAUGAUAUAUAUAGGUAUGCAAGUUCAUUUAAACUAAAUUUGGUCAAUCAUAUAUUAAUAAUAUUUGGUUGAAAAGACCAGAUUUAUUCAUGCAACUGUUUCUGAGAUAUUGCCAUUUUGGUGAAAGCUCUUGAAUUCAGUCACGUAUUCGCCAUAUUGCUUGCACGUUAGGGGGGUAGAAACAUUGUAACAGCUUGUGCGUUAAUGAGUUAAUUUACGUUCACUCACAACUGUUCGUUAAGUUCACAUUGAGCAUCUAUUACAUCUAGUUGCAUGUUUUUGUACACGAAAUAGACCGGAAUUUGAUUAGUAUUUAUCUCACCUCUAGAAAACCUCAGGAAGAAACGCAUGCAUGUUUUGCGCGACAGACAUAGCGCAUCUAGGCUUGGCUAUCACAUUUCCACGACGUCACGAAACUCACACCUGCACACAAUCUUGUCUGCAUCUGUACUAUCUAACCGUAUAAAAGCAGUGUGUGCAGUCUGAAUUACUAUGCAUUUCGAAUUCAACAAGAAUGGCUUCCACCAUGAAGGGAGCGAAGAGGGGCAAAUUUUGCAUUUGCGGAGGUCUGGAUUGCGCAUUUGCACGGAUAUAAAUCACGUUGAAGGGAUAUCAAUACAUAAGUUUUCUGCAAAUGAAGAACAGCGGAAAAUAUGGUUAAAAUUUGUGCGAAAACAUCAGCCGAAUUUUACUCCUACGAAUUUGUCAGUAAUAUGCUCAGCGCACUUCGAGAAAUCUCCCUAGGGACCGCGCGUAGCAAAAGGGGGAGCACUUGAGAAAGACGGAAGCGAGCGACUUGUGUCACUUGCCUGAUUUUGAAUCUUACUGAAAAAUUUGGCGCGAAAAUCAAUUAUGACAUAGUGCGCAUUCACCAUGUCGAUUUCACUAGUUCAUUAUUGUUUUGGCGUCGUUAGUACAGAAUAAUAAUGAGCAUUCACUGACGUUACCGGAGCAAAAAUGCACUGGUGAAUUUGGCGUGCUUGUGGGUGACAAAAGUCUGUCACUUCCAGGAACCACGAACUGCGGACUUUGGAAAUUUUGAGCCAUGUAAUCGAUUUAUUGUAUUUCUCAUUCUAGACAAUUGAAUCUUUGUGACAAGAGUUGUCCUCGGGAGGCAAGAGUAGCAGUGGCGAAGCAGAAAACGAGACGGGUGAAGAUAUUGGUAUCUUGCACGAAGCUUGGGAUUACGAAGAUUGGUUAAUGGGAGAUAACUCGGAGGACAUUUGGGUCAGACACUGA